AGACAGGUUUUGUUUUUUCCAUAAGUAAGAUUCUGUAAAUUAUUUUUCUUCCUUCAUAUGCCUGCUUUGCAGUAGGUGACAGGAAGCUUUUUAAUUGUUGAACAAAAAGCGUAAGGUCCUUUACAAUGGAACGAGCAGUUGCCUGGAUUGUUGUGGAGUGCAUUUGUAGAGUCCUUGGUAUUUCUACAGCAGCAGUUCUUCUGGGAGUAGGAAUAGAAACCAUCCUUCAGGGAGAAUUCAAAAGUCUUGGUGUCUAUCUUCUUAUUUCAGCAGCUGCCGUUAGUGUUUUUGAACUUUCGUAUUUCAUUGACUUACUGCUGGGGCCAUUUUUCCCCUGCAAGUCUGACUCCACACUUUCUAUCCGAUGGACAAAAACAGCUAGACUGGGUGGCUUUCAAAAGUUUUUAGCCUAUACACUGAUGUCUGUUGUGUGUUUUCUGCACCCAGUCCUGGUGUGGCAUGCUACUAUUCCAGGAGCUAUGCUUGUUACAACUGGCUUUUCCUACUUCAUAAUAAGUAAAAAGAAAAAGACAAAGCUGUCUAAAGACCCAGCCAGCCAAUCUGCAGAUCCUUCUGCUAUGUUGGUGGAUGUGACAGAAACUGGGGAUACAGAGCAAACGUACAGCUUCAACAAUCCUGUUAAAAAACAGAAGACAACUCCCUUAGCAUACCUUGAGAGCAUACUGAAAAUCAAACCGUCAAAAGACAAUGAGCCAUCUAUGCUUCACCAAAGCUUUCCUGAGGAUAAACCACCGAUAAACAUGGGGAGGAAAAGACAGGAACAUAUUGAAGAGAAUGCAGUAACAAUGAUUGCAGUUGAGUCUGAAAGCCUGUAUAAUCAUGACAUGGAUCUCGAGGAAGAUACUUCAGAUACGACUCCCAUCAUCAGACCAUAACAUUCGUAUUUUUUUAGGCAUUGCUUUAUAUAUUCACUGGAGGUACUGUAUACCAUUAAGCACAUGUCAGAUAUAUUCUGUACAUGCUACUUACUGUACGUAGUCACUGAGUCACUUCCUAAACACAUUCCUAAACACAUUAACAGCAGUGUGGAGUAGUGGUUAGGGCUCUGGACUCUUGACCGAUGGGGACACUGCUGCUGUACCCUUGAGCAAGGUACUUUACCUAGAUUGCUCCAGUAAAAAAAAAAAACCCAACUGUAUAAAUGGGUAAUUGUAUGUAAAAUAAUGUGAUAUCUGUAUAAUGUGAUAUAAUGUAUAAUGUGAUAUCUUGUAACAAUUGUAAGUCGCCCUGGAUAAGGGCAUCUGCUAAGAAAUAAAUAAUAAUAAUAAUAAUAAUAACACAGUAAUAGUAAAUUUCAGUGUUCAAACUGAAAGCUCCAGAGAAACAAAACAUAUUUUAACCACCAACACUACUAAUCUAGUUAUAAUUUACUGCUAGGACAUUUGUGCAAAGAUAUAAGGGAUUUCAGUGAAUUUACCCAGGAACUGUUUAAACAAAAUACUACUGAGUUUAAAAAAGCAGAACUAAACAAUAACAUUGAAUAUACCAGCUGCAGAUCAUAAGAGAACAUCUGGACACAUUUACCAGUGGUACCAAACAAUGCAUGUAUUAAAUAAGAUCCUGUUUUAUCAUGAACUAUCCUGUUUGCAGUUCAAUCAAAGAAUAAGCAACAAACAACACACUGAAUUACAGAAAGAAAAUUAUCACUUAGUAUCAUUGUUAUACCAGCUGAGUUUGAUUCGUCUAUUUUUCUGCACCAAUCAAGUCUGUGGUGUAGUCAGUUUGUACAGAUAAAAUGGAUUGUGAUAAUGUUUCUUGUGCCAUUGAUAUCAUAAAUUGUUAUAAUAAUAAUAAUAAUAAUAAUAAUAAUAAUAAUAAUAAUAAUAAUAAUAAUAAUAAUCUUUAUUU